AUGUCUAAGUCACGCUCCUUAAAGACUUCUGCUCCACGGCGAGCAGAUGCUGUUCCCCCAGGUUAUGUUGAAGAUCUCAGCGCAGGCCCAAUGCUCCGCUUUGAGGCCUCUCUUCCACGUCUCCCCAUCCCUCCAUUAUCUUCUACUGCCGCGAAAUAUCUUGAGAGUGUUCAACCACACCUUACGCCCGCACAAUUCUCGGCGACGCAAUCUGCUGUCAAAGCAUUUCUAGACUCAGAACUGUCAAACGUCUUGCAGGCGCGCCUCGAAGAGCGUGCCCGCGACCCCAAUAUGAAGAACUGGCUGGCAGACUGGUGGAAUGAUGCCGCGUACAUGGGUUAUCGUGAUCCCGUGGUGGUAUAUGUCAGCUAUUUCUACGUGCACAUCGACGAUAGGUACAGACCGGGGCAGGCAAAGCGUGCAGCAAGCCUGCUGAAGGCCAUGCUGCCAUUCAGAGAGAUGACAGAGAGUAAGCAACUCGAGCCGGAGAAAAUUCGAGGGAUGCCGUUGUCUAUGGCUUCAUACAAGUGGCUAUUCCACUCCAGCAGAUAUCCUGUCAAGCCCUCUGAUACAGCACGAAAGUUCGACCCCGCCACAAAUAAUCAUGUCGUGUUCGUUCGGAAGAACAAGUUCUUCCAGGUCCCCUUGACCAACAAGACGGGACGCGAGUUGUCUGUCGCGGAACUAGAAGCUCAGAUUGAGAAGAUCAUAGCCAUGGCAGGCAGUGAGAAAGCUGCUCCAGUUGGUGCGCUGACAAGCGAAAACAGGGAUAACUGGGCCGAUGCACGCGCUGCCCUCCUUGCCGCCUCGCCUUCCAAUGCAGUAUCUCUUGAGACUAUUGAAUCGGCGAUGAUGGUAGUAUGUUUGGACGACUCAGCACCUGUCACCCGGGAAGAUGCAAGCUGGGCAUGUUGGGUGGGCGAUGGGCGAAAUCGCUUCUACGACAAGCAUCAGCUGAUUGUUUUCGAGAACGGAAAGUCCGGGUUCUUGGGCGAACACUCGUGCAUGGAUGGCACACCUACUUUGCGGCUGAACGAGUUCAUGCUUGCAGCUCUCGCAGCAGGGAAGGUUGACUUGGGCCCGGCCCGCACUCCGGAGACAGGCAAUGAUUUGGAGGCGCCGAAGGAACUCAUGUUUGUCCUGGACUCGAAGACCCAGCAGUAUGUCAAGCAGGCCGAAGCUGCAUUUGAUGAACUCGUCGGCAAGCAUGACAUGGAGGUCCUGCAUUAUGAGGGCUACGGUAAGGAGUACAUCAAGAAGUUCAAGGCCUCGCCAGAUGCCUGGGCGCAGCUCGUCAAGCAGCUUGCAUUCCACAAAAUGUUCAACAGACCGGGCGUCUGCUACGAGAGUGCUCAGACACGUAAGUACCAGCUUGGUAGGACAGAGGUCAUCCGCGCUGCCAGCAACGAGAGCAAAGCGUGGGCCGAAGCGAUGCUAAACCCAGAGGAGUCGGAUGAACAUCGUGCGACCCUCUUCCGCAAGGCAGUUACCAGACACUUGCAGUAUGCGGCAUGGGCGGCCGAUGGUCAGGGCGUGGACCGGCAUCUGUUCGGCCUGAAGAAGAUGUUGCGGGAAGGAGAGCCUGUACCUUCAAUUUACACCGAUGAAGCAUUCUCGAAGACUAACAACUGGGAAUUAUCAACUUCGAAUCUAUCGUCGCCGUUCUUGGACGGGUGGGGAUACGGUGAAGUCGUCACGGACGGCUAUGGCCUUUCGUACUCCAUUGGUGACUACCACAUUCGCUGGACAAUCACCAGUUUGAAGAGGCAGACAGCCGAGUUGAAGCACUAUCUUGCGGAAGCAGCGACGGAAACGAGGCUCAUGAUGGAGCGUGCUGCCGCGGCGGAGGCGAAGAAGGCUGGUGAAGGAAAGGCGAAGUUGUGA